AUGGAUAUGUCUGCUAUUAUAGUUAUGGCUAUUGGAGAGACAAUUAUUAACAUUGAAGAGACAGAUAGUGAUUCAAGUGGAUUUAGUAUUCGGAGAGAGUACAAAAACAAUAGUCGGAAGGAUGGAAAACUAACAUCUAGAAAUUUUGUGUGUUGUAAGGAGGGAAAAAGAGGUGAGGACAAGAGGGACAGGAAAACAAAGAAUCGAAGGGCUGAAACACGCACCGAUUGUCGUGCACGCAUGCUUAUUGCCUUUAAUGUGAAAUUUGUGCAAGCUACUGAUGUGGAGUUGGCUACCGAUUGUGGAAUACCAGUUCGUAAAGCCUUUGAGUUAAGUUCGAAGCAAUUUGGUGGUAGAGAAAGUAUUGGCUUCACGAAGGUUGAUGUACAAAAUUAUAUUCGGACGAGAAGACAGAACGACCUUAAACUUGGUGAUGCGAAUUGGCUGAUGAAUUAUUUCCAGACACAGUGUUUGGAAGAUCCAUCAUUCUUCUAUGCCGUGCAAUUGGACAGCAGUGUAAUGAUAACAAAUAUAUUUUGGGCCGAUUCAAAAAUGAUAUCAGAUUAUGGGCAUUUUGUAGAUGUGCUGACAUUUGAUACCACGUACAAACUUGUUCAUAGGAAUCGGCCUUUUGCAGUUUUUCUCGGUUUGAACUAUCACCGGGAGACAGUUGUGUUUGGAGUAGCUUUCAUGUAUGAUGAGACAACCGAUUCUUUUGGUUGGUUAUUCAAUACAUUCUUGAAUGCCAUAUCCCAUAAAGCACCAAGGACGAUCUUGACCGACCAAGAUGCUGCAAUGGCAAAGGCAUUAGUUUAG